ACACACACACACACACACACAACGUUCACAAUUAGCGAGUAUUCGCUAUGCGAGGAGAUUGUUCUCCACCGUGUCACGUGUUAGUUUAGGUUGCUAUCUAUCAUGUGACAGGGGUGUAUUUUUUAUUUUUUUUUCCCCUCCUCCCACAUCCUAUUUCCCAAGCAGGCCCAGCCAAGACGCCUUCCCUUCGGUAUCCCUUUGGAGAUGGUAACCCCUGAGCGCUUGGGCAGCACCGGGGCAGAGAUGAGCCACCCCCGUAAGGAGAGAAGAGGGGUCCCCGCGGCUGGCGUCUCUACGGUCGACAUGGACACGGCGGUGGUGAUUCUGGGGGCCGGGGUGACAGUCCUCACUCACCCGCUGCUGUACGUGAAACUGCUCAUCCAGAUGGGCCACGAACCUCAGCCACCGACCGCAGGGAGCAACCUGUUUGGGAGGAAGGUUCUGUACCUGCCAGGGUUUUUCUCCUAUGCCAGGUAUAUAGUCCGUGUGGAUGGGAAGUGGGGUCUGUUCAGAGGCCUGUCUCCCCGAAUUGUGUCCAGCACUGUCUCCACUGUGGUGCGCAGCCGAAUCAAACAGGUCACUCCGAUCCCAGACAUGGAGCACGUGUCCAACAAGGACGAUAUCAAGACGUCCCUCAGGAAGGUUGUCAGAGAGACCUCCCACGAGAUGGUGGUGCAGUGCGUGGCCCGGAUAGUCACCCACCCGUUCCACGUGAUUUCUGUCCGGUGCAUGGCGCAGUUUGUUGGGAGAGAAACGAAGUACAGCGGCUUGUUCAGCUCCGUCGCUGAAAUCUUUCGACAGGAAGGGAUCGCAGGUUUCUUUGUGGGGUUGGUGCCUCAUGUCCUGGGAGAGAUCAUUUUCCUCUGGUGCUGCAACCUGCUGGCUCACUUUAUCAACACGUAUGCUGUGGAUGACAAUUUCACACAGGCAUCUGCAGUCCGAAGCUACACAAAGUUUGUUAUGGGGAUCGCUGUGAGUGCGCUCACCUACCCCUUCCUGCUGGUGGCAGACCUGAUGGCUGUGAAUAACUGCGGACUGCAGGCUGGACUCCCUCCCCACUCCCCUGUCUUCAGAUCCUGGAUUCACUGCUGGAGGCACCUGGGGGCCCAGGGUCAGUUGUUUCGAGGGUCCAGUUUCCUCUUCCGACGCGUUCCACUGGAGAGGGCAGCUUUAGCAGUGGAGUGACCCCCCCCCCCCCCCCCCCCCCCGCCCCGGCUGAGUCGAGGCUUCACAGGAGCAUGGCACCUCGUUCAUGACAUGAGAACAGCACUGUCAACAGCUAGAAGCAUUUCAACAGGAGCAUUCUGCUGUCUGUGGAUUCCAGCUGUCUGACUCUUUGUGUUGUGAUGAUGUUGUUAUGUCGUUAUUGAAAGGACAGGACGGUUUCUUCAAAGCUGCACGUCUUUCUUUUCUGUGUUGUUUUUGUUUUAUUCUAUCUGGGUUCAUUCUGUUGCCUUUGUUUCAUGCCUGUUUCAGGACAGUAACGUUAAACUCGGAGGCGGGUCAUUUUGAUUUGAAACCAGAUUGCUUUCAUAAUGUCACACGCAACAACUGUUUUUAGAGGAUCAUGAACUUAAAAAGUUAAAAACAAACCAAAUGUUAGAUUUUUAAGCUUGUACUUUAUCUGUUAAGAUCCUUUAAGCUUUUGGUGCAGGGGUUCCCAUUGGAUAAAGACGGCAAUGACGAGAACACAUUCUUAAUAACCCUAACCAAGAACAGUUAACAAGUUUCACCUAUCUUUUCAGUUCUCACAGGUUCCAAACUGGUCAUGUAUUGAUUGGACCAGGGACACUAACAUUUACAUCCCAAGGUCCAGACACCGUGUUUGCAUGCUUCUCUGUGCAACACUGUUAAUUGGAUGAUGUCAUUACCUUCACACUCCACAGUAUGUAGUGUGCGCUGUGUAGGAGUGACAGCCCAUGAAAUGAGAAUGGGAUAGUAGAAUGGCUGGUAACACACCGCGGGUCGGCUCGGAUAAGUCCGGGGGCUGUUUAGUUUUUGGCCCGUGCAGGGUUAUUUGGGGAAUGGCCCCCUCACAUUGCAGCAGUGCUAAAACUGUCUCAUUAAUGUAUUAGCAUAACCCCCUUCCUGUCCUCGGAGGAGGGAGGCCACGACUGUACAGAGGCCAAUCUGAAUGAAAUGAAUGCUUCUUUAUCUUUUCAUUACUAUAUACCCCCCCCCCC